AUGAUUUCGCCUGAAUGUGUUUUUAUAAUUUAUAUAAUCAUAUUGAUUAAAGUCAACGUCUUAAUCAAAUAGAAACAUACAAAUAAAACUAAAUUCUGCAAAAUAGCAAGAAGAACUAACUAAAUCUAAGAAGCCUUGAAUUUAGGUAAGGCAUCAAUUAACAUAAGAGGAAAAUAGUUGCGAUGGGUGAUUGGUUAAGAUGAGAAACCCUGA